GUUCCAAUUGGAAUCUUCCUACAGUAAAGUUCGACACUCAAUGAUAAAAAAUAUUGGAAAUAAGUUCUCAUGUCCUAGUUCUUUUUAUACUAAAAGUACAUUUCUGCGUACCCUUGUGAUUGAAAGUUAUUUCCAUGACCCUAAGAUAGCUUUGUCCAAAUUUCCCUGUCUAAGGUCAUUAAAUUUGGGUUUUUGUUCAAUUAAAGAAGUUCCUAUAGAAAUAAGAAAAUGUAUACAUUUGAGGUAUCUUAAUUUGUCGUGUAAUUUUGACUUAGAAGAAUUGCCUGAAGCAUUGUGUGAGUUAUGUAAUCUACAAACCUUAGAUAUCACAGCCUGUAUGAAUUUGAAAAAACUACCUCAUGGGUUAGGAAAUUUGAUCAACUUGAGACAUUUUUUGAAUUGGAGGGUUUUUAAAAUAACUUACAUGCCAAAAAGUUUGCAGCGAUUAACUGGUCUACUAUCGUUGGGGGAGUUUUAUAUAAGUAAAGACCGUUUUAAUAGGAAAACAUGUUCUGUUGAAUGUCUGAAAAACUUCAAACACCUUCGAAAAAUUGCUAUAACAGGGUUGGGAAAUUUGAGAGGUGUGGAUAAGGUUAAGGGAAUAGAGCUUAACAAUAAAAAAAACUUACGAGAGUUGGGUCUAGGCUUUUUCGAAACGAUGAAUGAGGAUCAUGAAGAACUUCUUGAAACAUUGCAACCACAUCCAAAUUUAGAGAGUUUAUGGCUACGAGAUUACAGAGGCAACAAUAUGUUCCCUAAUUGGAUGAUGUCAUUAACCAAUUUGAGAAAGUUACUUCUUGGGGAAUGUAUAAAGUGUGAGCAUCUGCCUCCUUUGGGUAAGCUAUCAUCCCUUGAAAUUCUUCAAAUAGAGGAUAUGAAUGAUGUAGUAAGAGUUGGUAUUGAGUUUUUGGGAAUAGAAAGUGAAGUCGCAUUGUCAUCUUCAUCGGUAAUUGCUUUUCCCAAACUGAAAUUUUUAUCGUUUACGAUGAUGAAAAAAUGGGAAGAGUGGGAUUUCGAGAUUACAAAUAGAGGAGGAGAAGAUAUUAUAGUAAUGCCAUCUCUUAAGACCUUGCAACUUUUAGUAUGCCCCAAAUUGAAGUCUCUACCAAACCAUCUUUGUCAGAUGACAACGUUGAAGGUAGAAAUUGAUGGAUGUCCUCUUCUCGUACAACAGAGAACCCAUAGCUGAUCAUCAUCUUCACCAAAGGCUGAUGAAGUUGUCUCAGAUCAUCAACUUCAACAUUGAUUCUGCAUAUGUGCAAAGACACCACACCAACUUCAAACUCUCAAACAUCAAACAUGUGCCAUCAACCCACAGUGCAGGGGAAGAUAUUUUAUUUCCUGGGGAUUUAGUGUUCUGAGAGAAUAUCAAGAAGUGACCAGAUUGUGAAAGUUCACUGAAGGCCACAGCAACCAGACAAUCAUGCACUACAUCUUGUGAAAAAAAUGUUGAAUAUCAGUCACCAUUGCAAAUUUAAAACUGACAAGGCUGCAUCAGCUUUCCAUGGUUUUAUUUAAGCAAUUGUUGGAUGUGAAAUGGACUAGGAAACAGCCAUGACUACUUAUGACAUCUUGCGAAUGAAAUGUUUAAUAUCAAGCACCAUUGCAAUUUUAUAAGGCUCCAUCAAUUUGCCAUAUCCGCUUUUGCAAGAACUUUUUCUUUUUUAUGUUGAUGCAUACGAAAUGCUUGGGCAAGGAGACGAUAUUUGAUUUUUCAGCAGAAUUAGUGUUCUUGGCAUACAAAAGAGAAUAUCAAGAUGCAACCAGCUCUGUCUCUUUGAACAACUGGCUCCCUUUGAAGAGUGGGAUUGGGAGAUUACAGAGAGGGGAGAAGAAGAUAUUACAAAUCUUCAUCAGAUACUGUGCUAGAUGUUCAUUGACUUGAAGGAACUGAACUGAUUGAGAAGCUAUACUUUUUCUCAGAUGAAGAACUCAGUGACGUGGUGCUGUUGAUAAAACUCUGACUCUUCCACCAACUGGCAUGAAGAUAAUACACCAGAUGCUCUAGGGCAUGAAGCAAUGUCCUGUUUCAAGAAUUGUCUUUCUCAGAAGACUGGCUGCCUUCUGAGAGAAGGUUGCAGGAAUCUAUGGAUAAAUGCAGACUAUUGAAUCAG